GACACCAACUUUACCAUGUCUACYAACAGUACRUUAUGCCUUGAUGAUSUWAUAUCUUUGGAGUGCACCRCUGACGCCGAUCCACCAGCUCAUCAAUAUUUGAUUUUUGURAACGAUGAAUUAUUAGAAACAUUCAAUACAUCGCGAAUAUCGUUCAAUACUUCAAUUGCUGGUAAUAACACAUAUAGAUGUCAGCCCGAAAAUACAGUAGGAUUGGGAGAGAGUGCAAGCAUCUUGAUCAAUACAAAAGCUCCUCCCAAUAUAACAUGGAUCACUCCUAACCAGUCCACUCCUAAAAAGUUUGAAACCGUUGUGAUGUGUAACGUCAGUGGCAGUGAACCAAUGAAAAUCGCUUGGAAAAAAGUUGGAUCCUCACCCAAUUCCUUGCUCAGCAGCGAGACCAAUCUGACCUUUARCUACCUAAUGAGAAAACAUGAAGGGACUUACGAGUGUACUGCAAGUAAUGGYAAUGAAUGUCCGAUCAUGAAAGCGACAACCUCAGUACAUGUAUUCUAUGAGCCUACAGCAACCAUUGUGGAACGAUYCCUUACACUGAAAGAGAAAGAUGGCAUAGAUMUUUCAUGCARUACUGAUGGAGACCCUGCACCAAACGUCACUUGGUCACGUGGGAAUGUUAUUCUUGGCUCAAAUGAAAAGYUCAUUUUACCGGCACAGGAGAGUGAACCAGGGUUGUAUAAAUGCACUGCAAGCAACGGUAUUGGAAAUGAUCAAACAGCUUCUACAAACGUUAUUGUUAAUGUUUGUCAAAACGAGUGUAAAAAUAACGCGACUUGUCUACGGACAGGGACAACAUUCCGCUGUUCUUGUCUUCGUGGUUUUCGUGAGCGUUUUUGUCAAAUUGUUGAUAUUGAAGCCGACAAGUUUAAUAUAAAUUUGGUUGUGCUUUCCGUUCCAUGGAAAGAAGAUCUGAAAGAUUCGUCUUCUGACGCCUUCAUAUCACUGGAGAAAGACAUUUGCAGUGAGAUGCGAAAUACAUUUGGUCGAAAAAUGUUGUUAUGCAAACUACUCCAAGCAAGCAAAGGUAGUGUUGUCACAACCACCGAACUUGUCUUCAAUGGCACAAAGAUGGAGAGCGAAGUAAUGGAAACGUUAGCUAACGCAACAGUUAAUGGGACGCUGGGAGCAUUGAAACUGAAAUCUUCUGCAGGAUUCAAUGCAUCUGCACAAAUAGGUGUGGACGAUGUUUGUGCACGUAAGCCAUGUAACUUCGACGGCAAGUGUAUUGCAAAGGGCACGGGAUAUAAAUGUGAUUGCAAGCUGUUUAGAUUUGGGGACCAUUGCCAAGAUGGUAUUAGUCUCGCUGCUGGCAUUAUUGCCAUCGUAUUUGGUUGUAUUGCCGUUGCAAUCAUAAUCUUUGCAAUAGUUCGCUGGUGGUGCUGGAUGAGCAAGAAAGACUCGUACAGAGCAGAAACGAGAAGCAGCUAUACAAAGAAUGUCAGUAUGGAUAGUUUUCAUGUCAAGAAUGGAGGCCAUAUUGAAUCAAAAGACAAUCCUGGUUUUGAUGAUAGUAAUUGCAACAAGAAGUCGCUUGAAGAAAAGUCCACCCCAAUUUAAACUACCGGUGCUUUUUCUUAAAUCGUUAUGUUAUGUAUAAAAUAUUGCAAGUUUACAUUGUUUUCAGGCCAAAAUAAUUGCACUGCACGAAGUUCAGACUUGCACCAAGUAACUUGCCGUGUGUAACUCUCGAUCGGAGCAGUCACAACAUUUUUUUUAUUCCGAAGGAGCGUUAUUAUCAGAACGAUUUUGCAAAACUUAUUUUUUUCUAUGACUAUAUAGAAUGCUACUUUUUAGACAAGCGGCAAUAGGUCAUGUUCGAUCUUCGGACUAAAUACAAGUUGGAAAGCAAGCUCUCUGUUGUUAUAUUCACACUAUUCAGAAUGAGCUCAGGGGGAAGGGUCUCAUGUAUAUACAUAUGUGUGGGUAUAAUUAUACUGAUUUGUCAAUUAAAGACCUAUUUGCAAUUGUCUGUAUAUCGUUAUCUUCAUAACCAGUUAAAUGUCGCAAUUAGCUCGUUACUGCUCUUUUGCGAA